AUGUCUUUGAAAUUUUUACAGUUGGACGAUGAUAGCUAUACCUCUCCAGCAGUUGUGUCACAUGUUUCACAUGAUCAAGGAAACACCCUAUUUGGACAUAGAAGUAACAUUCAUGUGAGCCAUAGUGUAUUUGGACACAGACAUAACACUCAUGUAAGCCAUAGUGUAUUUGGACACAACAACGGUGGGGUACUUUCAGUAAGUCAUAAGGUUCAUCACAAUGGACAUGCUAGUCAUCAUAAUGGUCGCCUUCACGGAAGCUUUGGCUCAGUUGGUCACCAUCUAGGACACCUUGGCCAUCGUCAUGGGCGCUCUGGUAUAUAUGGUCACCGUCAUGGACGCUUUGGAAAUCAUCUGGGAGGCUUAGGUCACCGUCAUGGAAGUUUUGGUUUAUUUGGUAACAAACAUGGACGCUCCGGUCUAUAUGGUCAUCGUCAUGGACGCUUUGGUCGCCGUCUUGGACACUCUGGACAUCGUCACAGAAGUGGUAGAUAUGGCAACCGUCAUGGACGCUUUGGUAUAUUUGGUCACCGUCAUGGACGCUUCGGUAAUCGUUACGGGCACUCUAGACAUCGUCAUGGAAAUUAUGGUCUAUAUGGUCACCGUCAUGGUCACUUUGGUCACCGUCACGGACGCUAUGGAAAUCUUCAUGGGCGUUCUGGUGUAUAUGGUUAUCAUCAUGGACGCCAUGGACAUCGUUUAGGACGCUUCAGUCACCGUCAUGGACGCUACGGUCACCAUCACGGAAGAUUUGGUCUAUUUGGUAACAAACAUGGACACUCCGGUCUAUAUGGUAAUCGUCAUCGACGAUUUGGUAAUCGUCACCGACACUCUGGACAUCGUUACGGACACCAUAGUAGAUCGGUCCACCGUCAUGGACACUCUGGAAUAUUUGGUCAUCGUCAUGGACACUUUGGACAUCGUCUAGGACGCGUUGGUCACCAUCAUGGAAGUUUUGGCCUAUUUGGUCACCAUCAUGGACAUCAUUAUCAUCACCAUCAUGGACAUUUUGGUCACCAUCACGGACAUUUUGGUCACCAUCACGGACAUUUUGGUCACCAUCACGGACAUUUCGGUCACCAUCAUGGCCAUCAUGGAUACCGUCAUAAAGGAAAGUAUUACGGAAAAGCUAGAAAGUACUACAACAAAUAUAAAAGAACAGGAAAUAGUAAAUACUACCGGAAAUCCCGAAAAUAUCACAGUAAAGGUUACAAGAAAUAUUUGUAUUAA